AUGGCUCCAUCUCACACUGCAACCCCGAGCUCUCCUAUCGAAGACUGCCAAGAGCGAUCAGAAGUCACACUGGGUAUUGACUUUGGCAGCACGAGCACCCGAGCCUACCUCUGGUGUCGGAGAACGAAAGUUGGGUGGUACGUCGAGAGCAAAGGCAGAGCUAAAGCUGGCCAUCGGUUUUCGAACGGAGACUUUUCGUCCAUUGGCUACCCUUUUGAUGGCGACGAGGUGUACCUGGGCGAGAGAAGUAACGCGGCUCGCCAGUCCAUCUCUCUGAAGUACGCAUUUUACAUAUUGGCUGAUACUUCAGACGAAAUCCUCAACCAAUACAGAAUGGCCACACCACUUCGACAACGUCAGAAUGAUCAAGGAUUUCGUGAUCGACUACUGGAAGGAUUGAACAAACUAUUUGCGGCCGUACAUGAACGCGUCUUAGAAGUAUGUGAGGAAGAGCAACUACGCGUUACCACUAUUGGACUGUCCAUUCCGUCACAAUGGACACUGGACUUUAUGGAUCUUUACCGCGACAUCGUCGUCAAAGCUUUCAGACACGACCCGUCAACCAUAUUCUUCGUGACUGAAACAGAAGCACUGGCGCAUUUCUUGUGUGUGAAGAAACUCGAUCGGUUGGUAGCACGCCCCAACAUUGUUCACCAUGAUGUCGUAUUGGUGCUUGAUUUUGGAGGCCACAAUAUGAACACUUGUACACUGAACAUUGUUUAUGGACGAGAUAGAGCACCGGCUUUCUAUCUUAUCGGGGAGCCCGAUGGCGCUGGUGGUGGGAGCGAGUUGUGGGAAUAUCUCGUGACCGAUUUGAUUCUUAAAUACGUUCAGCGCGUUGAUGGACUCGCUCCGUCAGCGCAAAUGAGACAGAAAUUGCUAGACUCGUUCAACAUUGCAAAAGACGGGUGUGGGCCAGAAUUCCCUGGGGAAGGGUUCGAUUGCGUCGUGAAGGAUCAACAUGACCAGCCCUACAACGUCGCUCUCAAUGAGGCAAAUAUCGCAGAUUGUUUUAAUGAAGCUAUGGCCCUACCCCUGGCUUUGGCUAGUGACAGAAUAGAAGGACUCACGAGACUCUUGGCGUCCCAGAAGACGGUUCAUUCUUCACCGACCACACAGGUUGGAAAACCUAGAGUGAUUCUGGCGGGGGGUACUGCAAGGCAUGAAGGAAUUCGGAGAAGAAUCGAAGAUAUCUGCCAACGCAACAGCCUUUCGAAUCCAGUCAUGACGGACAAUAUCAUCAACCAGUACGACUCUGUAAAGAUUGCUAGCGGCGCGGCAUUCGCCGUUGCUUCUCCCUUUACCAUUGAACGGUUCAUGGAGAGAGGCGCGGCUUUUGGCAUCCAGAUGCGGCAGAAGGCGAAGCGGGACGAGACAGAAUCAGAACAUGAAUGGGACAAUACGGCAUCCUUUCUUCUCAGCAUGCGGAGAACGAAGAAGAACUUCAGUAUUUUCGUCACAGGCAAUGAUGAACUUAAGAUUGUUUGCGACCCGUUCUUUGAAGACGAUAGCAACGAUAACAAGGACCUCUUGCAAUACCACAAAUGUUACGACAUUGCCGACCUCGGACGACCCACAAUAGGGCACUGGUGGUUCACAUUAGCCCUGGCUGGCCACGGCGAUCAGAUGUGGCUGACUGUCGAGAGGUCAAGACAGCCUCCACGGUCCAAGGAGAAGCUACCAUGUGAGCCUGUUAAGGUUCCACUGCACUACAACAAAGGCAGCAAUAGUAUUCACAUUGGUGACGAGGCAUGCGACGCCAGAAAGUACAUCUCCAAACUUAAACAAUAUCCGGAACGCGACCAGAAAACGCUAAAAAGAAAGAAUUCUCCGCCACCUGUACCUGAGAAGCGCCGUCUGACUGCACGUAGGACAUCCAAGAAGAUAUUUAAGUAG